AUGUGUCGAGGGCCUUUGGGGAAGGCGGCGUUUCGGGGUCUCCCUGUUCUCACGGCAGCCCCGUGUCUGCAGGAUCCUCUGACCACGGUCCGUGAGCACUGCGAGCAGACGGAGAAAUGCGUGAAGGUGUGGGAGCGGCUGGAGCUGUGCGACGCGCGGGUGUCCUCCAGGUCCCAGACAGAAGAGCAAUGCACAGAGGAGCUUUUUGACUUCCUGCACGCCAGGGACCACUGCGUUGCUCACAAGCUCUUUAAGAACCUGAAGUGAAGGCAGGCGUGACUGUCCAUCUGCUUCCACAGCCCGUGUCGGCAGUUCCUGGAUUCACGGUACUGCUUCCCGCCUGUUCAUUCCCAUGCCAAGUACAAACGAAACGGCUUCCUGGCAGCGGCUGAGCGUCAGCGUGUCACUGCGUCUGUUCUCGUGGAAGAUGCGCAGCUACGCAAAAACCAUGUUGAUGUUCUGUAAUUUUCCAUAUUAAACGUUCAGAGUUCCCAUGGAAAUA